UUUAAUAAUUAUAAUGAUGGUUGAAUAAUGUUUAAGAUGUCGGUGAAAAAAAAAAAAAUAAUUAAAAAAGUCAAAUAGAAUUGUAUAAAUUUGUUAACAAUUAAAAAGUGUGUUAUUUAUUUAUUAUUAUUUUUUUAUAAAAUAAUUUCCUUAACACUCAUUAGUAUCAAUAUCAUGUAUCAAAAUUUUUUAUAUCUUGUAAAUAUUGAUUCAACGCCUGUUGGAUAAAUGUAUUUAUGUUAGUAGCAUAAAGUUACAGAUAAGGAAAACGUUGGCGCAAGUUUAUUGUUACGCAGUCGCAUCUGGACCACUAUGACGUAAACGGGUAAUAAGGUGACUAGGGGAAACAGGAGCAAGUGGGACGAAGUGAAUAUGUACUGUACCCGGGCAGAUGAUAUAUCAACGCAAACACGAACAGUUCGCUUUUGUAGUUUGUUCUGAGAUUUUACGGAAGCAAGUACUCCGACAAUUUUUAUAAACUCAAAAAGGGUGUAAGCAGAGUAAAUAAUUAACUAUUUAUUUUAUAUUUUCAAUUGAAACAACUUGAAAAAUCAAUAAGUUGAAUAUUUAUUAUUAUUGCAAUAUUAAAUUCAUACGCAAAAGGAUAUUUUAAGUUUUUUAAAUUUUAUUAUUUUUAUUGUUUUUAAAAAUAAGUGAGUGUUUUGCUUUCUUCAGGGGUCAAACCUUGGUAUUUUGGUUCGUGAACUGUGUCACGCUCGGCUAAAACCAACCACCUGUGAACGUGUAUAAACGACAAAAUCAAUUGCCUAUGAGUGUAAUUUAUUAAAUUGAAAAGAAAAUUAUUUUUUUUUUUUUCAUUAUAUCUAAUUAGUUGUAAUAAUUAAUAUUUUAUAUUCAAGAAAACAAAUUGUUUGUGAAUAGAUAUUUCGUGUCAGUGAGAUUAUUUUUAUAUUUAUCAUGAUAGUUUAAUUACAAGGAAGUUAAAAACUCGUAAAGUAUAUUAAAAAAGGGGGAAAAAGCUAUUUAGUAACUGGACACUGCUCACCAUCUCCAUGUAUAUGUUGAACAAGUAUUUUUGCUAAUUUAUUUAUUGCAAUUUUUAAUGUACAACAACAGUUCUAAUUUUAAAAAAUAUCAAGAUAAAAAUAGAUGUUAAAUUUUUGUAUCCCUAAAUUGAUUUAGGUAAUUUAAAUAUGGGGAGGACGAAUAUUAGAUUCAUCAGACAAAAUGUCAAAGUUAAAAGGAACGAAUCGAUCCAAAUUUAUACAGCAAAAAGUGGCUUUUAAAUGGAACAUAUUUAUCAUAGUAAAAUUUAAUAUGAAUAAUAAUUAUUCAAGCAAUUUUUCUUUAUUAAAAAAUUUAUAUUUCUUUUGUUUGUCAAAUAGCUCGACAAUUAAUUUAUAAAAUUCUUUUGCGUUUUUUUUUUUUUUUUUUCAAAUGAGAAUAGCAAAGAUGAGAAUUUUUUAAAGGAGAUAUAUCGUAAUAAAUAAUAUUUACUACACUUACAGAUCAAUGUGCUGUGGAUGACAUUAAAAAAAAAUCAUCAUGAAGCACUUGAGAGUUGCUAUUUUUCUCUUUAAUCUUGUAAUAUGGUUGGCUGGAUUUAUGGUUGUUGGAGUUGGUGCUUGGCUUUUAUUAGAACCAAGCAAUGGCCAUCUUUUAAAUCUAUUUGUUAAUAGUUCAACACCUCAUGAUACAAUAAACACACUUGCUUACAGUUUUCUAGGUCUUGGUUUUGCAAUAUUAAUUGUUGGAUUUUUAGGAUGUCGUGUAUCACUCUAUGCAACUCAGUGUGUUCUUAUUUCAUAUAUAUUUUUGCUUGUCGGUUUAAUUGGUACUGAGUUAACAACAGCCGCUGUUGGUGGCUUCAUGGCUUAUCGUGGUCUGUCUGGUCUUGAAACAAGAUUAUUAGAAAGAUUGGCUGAUCAUUAUGGGCAUGACAGAACAAGUGAUGGUGAUUUUACACAAAGUCUUGAUUAUGCACAAUACAAGUUUAAUUGUUGUGGAAUAUACAGUGACGAUGAUUAUAAUGGUACAGCAUGGUGGAGAGAUGGAGUUUUGUCUGGAACCAAAAGACAAGUUCCACUAACUUGUUGUGUUUUGAAAAAUCAUGAUGUAAAAAAUGCUGGUAGUCCUAUGAGUGUAGUAUCACGAGUUUUUCAUAAAGACAAUGAAAUACCAUGGUUACGCCCUGAACCUCGAGAUGAAAUGGCUUGUCAAGCAUUGAGUGUUGAAGCACAUCGAGAUUAUCGAAAUAAAGUUGGAUGUAUGGAUAGAGUUCGUGUUUGGCUACGUUUUGAAAGUUUAAAACUUGUAUUCAUAGGAAUGGGAAUGGCAGUUGUUCAGACUAUCGGUAUUGUGGCUUCAACGAUACUGUAUAGAAAUAUCAGAGAUGCUGAGGGUGACUGACAUUAAAAAACCCAUCACUGCCGUCCUAAUA